AAUGCAAAGAUGGGUAUAUUUAAAUGGCUUACACUUAUAAUUCUUCUAAAAAGGCCUUUGAAAUUAUGUUAAUGUUUAAAAUUUGUUAAAUACAUUCAAAAUUAACUCCAAAUUUACACUCUAUGCUAAAUUCACACUUAUUGCAAUGCACAGCAAACAGAGAAGAAAAGACCGCCGGAAGUCUGUCCUCGAUGACAGCCGCUCAAGACAAUUCGCAAUUCGUGGCAUGAAAACCUCAUCCUUUUCCAUUCAUAAGGAUAAGGAUAAAGUGAACGAAUCUAAAGGCGUCGCAUUCAAUACCGAAACUCAAAGCCAAAAAGAAAAAGGUCUCCCCCAAAUCGCAUUCACAUUUCGCUCGAAUAUACGUUUGGAUUUGGAUACUGUUGACGAACUGAGCGCCAAGUGGAAACAACAUUUCAAUAACGUCAGUCAGACUCCAUUGGAACUCAAACUGGCGGCUAUACGAGCUCAACGCGAGCACAAAACCGCCGACCCAAAGAAGAAAACAGAGGAGUCGGUCAAAAAGCGUUCUCAAGAGCGCCGAAGACCUAUUACAGCACUCUACACUGCUCCACGCACCACACAGCGCAUGAAGAAAGUAAUUGAGACAAAAAUGCCUUGUUCCAACGAGGACGUUAGAAGGGGUGCCAAGGACGAGGAUGGCGAGUAUCAUUACAAUUUGUGCAGGGAGUGCGGAUUCGUAAAGUGUACAUUAACACCAGCGGAGCAUGCCGAGCGUUUGCGCAAAAAAUUUGAUGACUUCAUAGCUAAGAACCCGGCUCUAAGACCAGAGACAGUAGCCAAGCGGUUUGGAAACAAAAGAAAACUAACAUACAUUACUCUCUGAAAUGAUUGCAUUACAACAUUUCCCAUUGGGUUGCUGCAUUUGAGGAUUACAAAAUCCAGCAGCCUAGUCUGAAAAAAUGUAGUGCAAUAUAGUCAUUAAUGUUAGGUAUACUUUUUCUUUCAAUAUUUAUAAUGCACUGACUGUCUAAACAUAGAAUACUGAAAUUUUCUAGGUUACCCAAUACACAUAGAGAAUUUGUUAUGGUUGAAGGCAUUGUUUUUAAUAUUAUUAUUUAAAUAAUAAAUAUUUAUUGAGAGAAUUAGA